GACGUGCGGCUAAACAUAUGGUACCUGUAUUUCACGUUGAGCAAAGCGCUAGAGCUAUUUGACACGCUAUUCAUCGUGCUGAGAAAACAAAAACUGAUCACGCUACACUGGGUGCACCACGUGCUAACGCUAACCUAUUCGUGGUACGUGAUAGGGGACGUGCCGGCCACCGCCCGUUGGAUGGUUAACAUGAAUUUCAUGAUCCACUCAAUGAUGUACACGUAUUACGCGCUGCGGGCCAUGCGUUUUGCAAUACCCCGUGUGGUCAACAUUACCAUCACUUCCCUGCAAAUCGCUCAGAUGUUCGCCGGCCUAUUCAUCAACUACUUGGCCCUUCACUACAAGCUGUCGGGCAUACCGUGCGAUCUGUCCCGCAAAGUGGCCGUCUUUGGCUUCUCCUUGUAUUUCCUGUUUUUCCUCUUAUUUAUGAAUUUCUUCAUCAGAACCUAUAUAUUGAAGUCGUCGCCAAAGAAGCAGAUCCAGGAGAAGAGGGACUACAAGUCCAUCUGUAAGCCCGACCACAACCAGAAUACGAGUUUCAAGAAUCAUAAUAAUAGUAAUCACUAUAUGAAUGGCUUUAGUAAUGGAAACUCAAAGAAGUCACUCUAA